AUGCUUCUGGCUGAGAGAGAUGAGAAAAUCCGAGAGAGAGACAGCGCACUGGACGAGAGAGUGCCGCCUCUCAAACUCUCGGGGAUGUCUGUGCAGGAGCUACAGGACCUUUGCAAAGAUCUCCAUCGCAAGUGUGAUGCUGUAGAUGAAGCACGGUAUGACCUAGAAGUUAAGGUGUUGAAAAAUGAAAAGGAGAUCGAGAACCUGUCGAAGAAGAUUGAUGAGUUGAAGGGUACCAGCAUGAACAGAACCAAACUCAAGAGGGUGAAGAAAUCCACAGAUGCCAUGCUGGGGGCCUUGACUGAGUCCAAACUCAUGGCCAAGUCUGACUUCAAGGCCAACCUGAAGACAGUCAAGAAAGAGGAGGAGAAGAAAGAGGAGGUGACCGACUGGCGUAAGAAUGUGGAGGCCAUGUCAGGCAUGGAGGGCAGGAAGAAGCUGUUCGAUGCUGGACACUGCUUUAUUUGUCAGGCAAAACCCAAACCCAAGAUUACAGCCUCGCGCAGGCUGUUUCUUAAGAUACAAAUUCUGAAGAAAGCUUCUUCUUUGCUGGCUACUGAAAAAGAGGAGAAAAAACAAGACAGAGAGGACACCCUAAACGAAAGACUCCCACCACUCAAACUGUCAGGUCUGUCUGUACAGGACCUACAGAACCUGUGUAAAGAGAUGCAUCAGAAGACUGAUGUGAUAGAUGAAGAACGAUACGACCUUAAUCUCAAAGUUUCCAAAAAUGACAAAGAGAUUGAGAACCUCUCUCAGAAAAUCUUUGAGCUGAAGGGUAAAAUGAAGAGGCCGGCUCUGAAGAGAGUGAAGAUCUCAGCUGACGCCAUGUUGGGUGCCCUCUUCGGAGCCAAGGUCAAGGAGUCGGUCGACUUUAAGGCCAAUCUCAAGACUGUGAAGAAAGAGGAGGAGAAGAAAGAGGAGGUGACUGACUGGCGUAAGAAUGUGGAGGCCAUGUCAGGCAUGGAAGGCAGGAAGAAACUGUUUGACGCUGGACAGUAGCAAAUUGAACAAAGCCAAUGUCUCUGAAAACCUUGAGCAAGCAUUUGUACAGAUGUCGCUGUACAACUAAAGGACCCACAGCACGAGGAACUUCACAUCUUUCCUGUGUAUAGCUGAAAUUAUUACAGACUUUUAAAAUUUGUCUGAUAAUCGUUUCUUACUUAACAUCUUUUCUAUGUUUUAUGUGGAUAGACAGUCAUAGACUGAGGAAUGUGAAUAGCCAUUUUUUUGCACUAUGCAACAGUGUUUUCUUAACCAGAAAAAUUCCACUAUGUGCAAUAUAUAAUUGGCUUUAUGCUAAACAGCUGCCCAGAUGUUUGUUUUUAGUAAGUUGCUGCAGAAAUACAGUGUGUGCCUGUGAAUCCAGGUAGCUUUGGAACAGUGUCAUGUCAUUACAAAAUGUGAACGAGUACAUUCGUUUAGAGCAAUCUCAUCAGUAUGUUGUUGUCAGUAUCUCAUUCAUUUAAAUGAGUCUUACACUGGAAUAAACGGGACGACCAUUCAAA